AUGAAUCUCCUGGACCCCUUCAUGAAGAUGACCGACGAGCAGGAGAAGGGCCUGUCCGCCGCCCCUAGCCCCACCAUGUCCGAGGACUCGGCGGGCUCGCCCUGCCCUUCGGGCUCCGGCUCCGACACGGAGAACACGCGGCCCCAGGAGAACACGUUCCCCAAGGGCGAGCCGGACCUGAAGAAGGAGAGCGAGGAGGACAAGUUCCCCGUGUGCAUCCGCGAGGCCGUCAGCCAGGUGCUCAAGGGCUACGACUGGACGCUGGUGCCCAUGCCGGUGCGCGUCAACGGCUCCAGCAAGAACAAGCCGCACGUCAAGCGGCCCAUGAACGCCUUCAUGGUGUGGGCGCAGGCGGCGCGCAGGAAGCUGGCCGACCAGUACCCGCACCUGCACAACGCCGAGCUCAGCAAGACGCUGGGCAAGCUCUGGAGACUGCUGAACGAGAGCGAGAAGCGGCCGUUCGUGGAGGAGGCGGAGCGGCUGCGCGUGCAGCACAAGAAGGAUCACCCGGACUACAAGUACCAGCCGCGCCGGAGGAAGUCGGUGAAGAACGGCCAGGCGGAGGCCGAGGAGGCCCCGGAGCAGACGCACAUUUCGCCCAACGCCAUCUUCAAGGCGCUGCAGGCCGACUCGCCGCACUCCUCCUCAGGCAUGAGUGAGGUGCACUCCCCCGGCGAGCACUCGGGGCAAUCCCAGGGUCCACCGACGCCCCCCACUACCCCCAAAACUGACGUGCAGCCAGGCAAGGCCGACCUGAAGCGGGAGGGGCGCCCCCUGCCAGAAGGGGGCCGGCAGCCCCCCAUCGACUUCCGCGACGUGGACAUCGGCGAACUGAGUAGCGACGUCAUCUCCAACAUGGAGACCUUCGACGUCCACGAGUUCGACCAGUACCUGCCGCCCAACGGGCACCCGGGGGUGCCGGCCACGCACGGCCAGGUCACCUACACGGGCAGCUACGGCGUGAGCAGCACGGCGGCCAGCCCGGCGGGCGCGGGCCACGUGUGGAUGUCCAAGCAACAGGCGCCGCCGCCGCCGCCGCCGCCCCCGCAGCAGGCGCCGCCGCCCCCACCGCAGCCGGCCCCGCCGCAGGCGCCCCCGCAGCCGCCGCCGCCGCCACAAGCCGCCCCGCCGCAGCCCGCCCCGCCGCAGGCGCCCCCGCAGCAGCAGCCGCCGCCGCCGCCGGCGCACGCGCUGGGCGCGCUGGGCAGCGAGCCGGGCCCCGCGCAGCGAACGCACAUCAAGACGGAGCAGCUGAGCCCGAGCCACUACAGCGAGCCGCAGCAGCACUCGCCGCAGCAGAUCGCCUACAGCCCCUUCAGCCUGCCGCACUACGGCCCCGCCUACCCGCCCAUCACGCGCGCACAGUACGAUUACAACGACCCCCAGAACUCGGGCGCCUACUACAGCCACGCGGCGGGCCAGGGCUCCGGCCUCUACUCCACCUUCAGCUACAUGAGCCCGGCGCAGCGGCCCAUGUACACGCCCAUCGCCGACACCUCGGGGGUGCCCUCCAUCCCCCAGACCCACAGCCCGCAGCACUGGGAACAGCCGGUGUACACACAGCUCACCAGACCCUGA